CAGAAAAUUUCAGCUUAAAAUCAUACAGUGCGUCCGUUUCUAGUAAACAGAUACGUCUCAAACAUUAAAAAUAACUUGUUUUUCCCCUUUCAGAUCAGAAUACAAUUCUUUAUUGCUGUUUGUCCGCGUUUGGUUUGACAUCAUCAUAAUUGGUCUUGCUGGACAUCUGAAGCAGCGGUGUUGACUGGAUGAGUGAUGAUGAUACAGAGGAUGUGACGUCAGAAUUCAGACAAUUGCAAAUCCAACUUUAUAAACAGUUACUCGUCACAGAAAACAACAAACAACAAGAGUGAAGUUAGAAAGCAGACAAGUGUGUACCCUAAGACAGCUUAUUUCUGCUCUGUUUAGACUGGUGUCUUUGAAGAUGACAGUAUGUUGACAGUAUCUACCACCUUGCAGAGAAGGGGACGGACAUCAUUCUUCGUACAGAAAAAAAAAACAGAAGAAGAUGAAAUAAAAAAACUAUUUUACGUCAUACACAGUUGUAUAAAACUGUUAGAACCAUAUGUGAAAAUAUGCAAUGUACAUUUAGGACGGAACCGUCACACUUAUUAUAAAUAGUUAUGCCGUCACAGUUAAGGCUUUUUAGCAAUUUAGAAAUAAGCAUUUUGGCCAGAAGUCUCUCUUCAGUAAACAGUUAUGCUUUCAAUGGAUAAUUUCUUAAUUUAGAAAUAAGCAUUUUUGACUAGAUGUUUCACUGUUCAGUGAAUAGUUAUGUUUUUAGUUAGGGCUAUUUUCGCAAUUUAGAAAUAAGCAUUUUUGGCCAGAAGUGUCGCAGUUACAAUGAAAGGUUAUGCUUACAGUUCGGGCUAUUUUCGCAAUUUAGAGAUGUACAUUUCGCCAUUUGAGAGUCAUGCUUAUACUAUGGCUAAAUGUACAAUUAUGGGUGGCACAAAUAUCUCUUAUGUACAUUUGAAUAAUCAUGCUAGCUUUUGGCGUAACAUUCGCGCAAAAUAGAAAAGUAUAUUUCUUCUUUUACACCAAACACUCAUCUUUACAGUUAAUAUAAGUAAGUAAAUUGUGCGAUAUUUUGAUUCAUGUAUACGUAAACUAUAAAAAUAUCAUAGAAGCACAUUAAAAGACAUCCGUGCCAUGGCACCUAUAAGUCACCAUACAAAUUUACAAAUAAAUGUGAACAAUAGUAAAAAUAAUAUAAUUGAAAGUAAUAUUUGCUACAUUUAUUAUAUAGAUUUAUGUAUCUUUAAUGUACAUAUAUGAACUAUACAAUAGACCCAUUUCAAUGGCGGACGUUAGCUACAUAUUCUAUUAUGACAAUAUCAUUUUAUACAUGUAUGUUGAAAAGAAGACCUGCCGACAAAAAAAAAAAAAAAAAAAAAAAAAAAAAAGAAACCAGCGUUUCCUUUGAAGUUUUGGUUUCAAACAACAAUCUGUAUUACCUGAAAAGUGGAAAACAUAAAUUAUUUGUUUAUAGAUUAAAGAUAUUGGCUUCACAAAUCUUGAUUACACCUUCUCAUUUAUGAAUCAUGUUAAGCCGUACGUAAAACCUCAUUACUGCUUCUAAAAACUUGAUUUAACAUUUUAAAUCAUUUCCUAUUAUUGAUACCUUAUUUACCUCCGUCCUAUAAAAUUUAUGUUUACACUGAACAUGUUUUCAUGCGCAGUCAGCCACGACCAAAGGAGCGCAAACUUACUUUAAAGUAGUUCGAAUACAUUCCUCCUCAGAACACCACUAGGGCGUGUGUUUAAAUAGUGCUCAAGGAAAAUAGAAUAAAAAAUUUCGCUGGAAUAAAAAAGGAAAAAAGUCCCACAAUGGGAAAGGAGAUUGCUCGAGAGACAUGGAGCAACAAGCUGGACUUUAUGUUGUCCUGCAUUGGUUAUGCUGUGGGAUUAGGUAACAUCUGGAGAUUCCCAUACCUCUGCUACAGGAAUGGAGGAGGUGCAUUUUUGAUUCCCUAUGUCAUCAUGUUGUUGAUAUCUGGGCUGCCCCUUUUUUUCUUCGAACUGGCUGUAGGACAAUUUUCGUCUGAAGGUCCAAUUACAGUAUGGAAAGUGAAUCCAUUAUUUUACGGUAUCGGUUGGGGUAUGGUCACGAUCAGUGCUCUUGUCAGCAUCUACUACAACGUGAUCAUCAUGUACGCCAUCUACUACAUGUUCGUAUCUUUUGUCAACCUGGACGGAGAGGUGCCGUGGAUUGACUGUGACAACCCUUGGAAUACCCCAAAUUGUAGAAAAGACCCCUACCCAGAUUUCCCGAGCUUAGACAACAAUACAAAAGUGGACGAACUUCUAAAGAUGAUGGAUAUGUCAUGUGUAAACAGCACACUGAAGACUAUAGGGGAGCAAGUAUCCAUGUCAAGUUUAUACAAUCUUGGAUUCGAUGUACUAGAAAAGAAUUUUACAAGUUGUGAACGGGACCUUAAGUUGCCUAGCGACGAAUAUUGGAGCCGCUUUGUUUUGAGACUUCACGAAUCUGACGGAAUCGACGAAAUCGGUGGAAUCAGCUUGAAAAACAUCAUCUGUUUGUUCUUUGCCUGGGUUCUCAUCUUCUUCUGCCUGAUGAAGGGAAUCAAAUCCUCUGGAAAGGUUGUGUAUUUCACAGCGACCUUUCCAUACGUCUUACUGGUUGUGCUUCUUGUGCGAGGCCUUACACUGGAAGGAUAUCAAGAAGGAAUCAAAUUUUAUAUCAUUCCUGAAUGGGAGAGACUUAAAGAUCCUAAGGUGUGGUCAGACGCCGCAACACAGAUUUUCUACUCACUCGGCCCAGCAUUCGGAGGAUUACUCACCAUGUCCAGCUUUAACAACUUCAAAAAUAACUGUUGGAGGGAUUCAAUAAUUGUUGCUUUCAUUAACUGCGGAACGAGCGUUUUUGGUGGAUUUGCCAUAUUCUCCUUGCUCGGGUAUAUGGCUCACGUAACAAACCAGCCUGUUGCAGACGUUGCAGAUAGUGGUCCUGGACUGGCAUUUGUAGCUUAUCCAGAAGGUCUUGCAAGACUUCCUGUGUCGUCAGUGUGGGCGUUCCUUUUCUUUUUCAUGAUAAUCACCCUUGGACUUGACAGUCAGAUGGUGAUGAUGGAGACAGUGAUAAGCGGUAUCACAGAUCUGUACCCACGCAAGCUCCGUAAGAAAAAGGCACUGUUUACCUUCAUCUGCUGUAUGAUCGGUUUUGCACUUGGUAUACCAAUGACGACAAAGGGCGGUAUACUCGUGUUGACAUUAUUUGAUUGGUAUUCCGGCUCCUACAAUCUCAUGGUCCUCGGUUUCUGUGAACUGAUUGCUGUCUGUUGGGUCUACGGUAUCCGAAAUUUCAUGAAGGACAUUGAAAUGAUGUUGGGUCCAAGAAAUGUUAUAUUCUGGGCUUACUAUAUACCAAUGUGGUGCUGCAUCACUCCUGCGGCUAUACUUUUCAUUAUCGUCAUGUCUGGUGUUUACUAUACGCCAGUUUAUUAUGUCGCUGAUGAACCAUUCCCGUCCUGGGCGCAAGGUGUUGGAUGGAUUUUGGCCGUUUUGCCGCUUGUAUGGGUUCUACUAGGAGCAGUUGUGGCCAUUGUCAGAAAUGGCGGCAAUGCUCGAGCGGCAGUUACACCGAAACCAGACUGGGGUCCGAGGUUGAAGGCCAACCGCACCGGCAAAUAUUACGGGGAUAAUUACGGCUACGUUCCCGACGACGAACAUGAAAUACCUAAAAUCUAUGCCGUUGACGAUCCUAUUAAAUCUGUUGAAAAUGGCAAAAGCCCAAAUGACUAUCCUGAGUUCCACAAAUUGUAGAUAUUAAAGUGACUUCAUUCACCAUUAUUACAUAUAUGUGUAAAAAUGUGCGACACAAUAUUUUCGUAACAUUCUCUGAUAUGAUAGCUUUAUCCUGAAUUCAGAUUAUGCCCUUGCUUAUAAUAAUUCUAUAUUAGAAUUGCUAUAAUUUUACUUAGAAGGCCGUCUGUUUAUCAUCUAUUGGAAGGCUUCCACAUUUAAGUGAUUAACUGUUUAUGUUUUCAUGGAAACAAGAUCAGAAAAAAGAUAGACAACUUUAACGCUAGCACACUCACAGGCGAGCUCUGAUCAUACCAAAUUUAAUUUUAAGCAAGGAAAUUUAACUAGGUAUAUCUGUGGUCAUAGAACCAGAAUUAAAAACAGAAAAACAUUACAAUGAAAUAUUGACAUGACAUUGCAGAAUGAAGCGCAAUGAAGUUUUGUAUAGUUUUAAACAAUGAGUUCCCAGUCCGACGAUUUUAUUCAAGUCGCCAUCGUUUGUACAAGAAUGCAAGCAAAAAGUGUUUUAAUAUACAUAUUUAGUCAUAAAUCUCUGGUUCAUCUCAAGAUACAUAUUAGAAAAAUGUGCACAUUAUAAAAUGUUUUCAAAUUAACUUUAUGUAAAUAUUAUAUCUUUAUUGAUGUUUUAAUCAUCUGUCAUGUUUUUUUCUUUGUUACUGAAUUGUUUUUAUUUGUAACAACAUUUUAAUGGUUUACUGAAUGUUUUUGGUUUUCUUGUAAAAUGUAAAAACGAAAUCCACAUUACAAAAUUUAAUAUAGUUAAAAAUUGACAACAAUUGAAUGUUGUUUGGACCGGGAAAAAUUGAAAUUAACAAGAAAUAGUUAAUCAAAAAGGGUUCAAAAGUUGUAAAUGUUCUGGAAAAUUGGAAUACCGACAAGAGUCUGUACAGUUCCGUUCAGUGGUACAUCGAAUGGGGAAAAUUGGAGGGGGGAAAUCCCCAAUUAUUCUACAAAGAAUGGACACAAUCUGAAAUAUACACAUAUCUUAUAGAUGUAGAAUAUAAAAUGUCUUUUUGAAAAAAUGUUUGAAUUUGCUAUCAACAUUCAUAGAUAUCACAUGGACUUGACGGUGUCAUUUAUUCUUUCAGACUAUUAGUAAAAAAUGUUCUUUCAAUACGUUUUUGCUCAUCAAAAUUUAGAUUUAUUUGCAUAAUAUUUUUGAGGAUGUGUAAAAAUCUCUACGCAUAGUAGUGAACCGUAUCACUAAAAGUAUAUUUGACAGGAUUCGCUUAUCAUGUAUAUCCUUAUUCUGUAUAACUAGUAGUAUGGCUUAAUACAUCUUUGUUUUCGGUAACAUGCUCAAAACUAUUUGAGUAGGUUGGUCGGAUUUUUUUUCAUUCUUUUAUAAAGUGAGACAUUUUGGAAAUUAUUAAAUGAAUACAAAUAAGGUGAUUAUGCCUUUAGAGCAUCAGUAAGAUGAUUUCUUACAUCUCUGACAGGAAACAAACGCCUAAAUAAUAUAAUUAAGGGCCGUCACAGAAAAUUACAAUUAAAUUUCAAGUGUACCGUUAUUUCCUAUAUAUGUUUAUAUACCUCUGAUGCAAUACUCUAAACCUUUUUAUCAAUACGUAAAAGGUUGCUAUCCACUUACCGCCAACAUUAAAAUCACACACAGACACGCAUGCGUUACUGCACAAUGACAAAUUUCAGUUUAUAAGACAGUUAACUAUAAAACACGUAAAGUAUAUACAUUUGUACAAUGUACAUAUCUUAUACAUCAUUUUCGGUCGGACUUCAGGGUCCGCACCUGAUUUUUGCACACAUGCGCAAAAAGUCUUAAAUAAAUUCUAAAAACCGAGGCACAUAUAUUUUUUGUUCCGUUAACAAAUUCCAUAUUUUCUCCAGAAGGAUUAUAAAUAUAUUUUACAACAUUCACGCAUGGAAAGUGAGUAGCAAUUUUUAACGUAAGAUUUAUGAAACUGUUGCAUGUCUUUUGUUUUUAUAAAGUAAUAGUGAUAUAUAUUUUUAGAGUUUUACAGUCUAAUAAAAUUUCCCUAGUAACCAGA